UUUCAGUUUAUAUAUGUAAACUUUUUCUUUCUCACGCCUUUCCUUAGAGAUCUCAGCAGGAUCUCUCUGACUCUGUCUCUCUUUACCACCAGAUCUCAUUUCAUUAGACCCCAACUUUCCCACCAAUUUUCUUGCCAACCAAACAACCCCGUACCACAGAAACUCGCUUUCUUCUUCGUUUUUCGACAUGGGUUUGUGCUCAAACCCCUCAAAACGCUUCCUCUUUGUAGCCCUUUUCGUCGUUUUGGCUCUCUCUCCGAUCUUUGCUCAGGAGGCUUUUGUUGAUGCGGAGAAUGACGAUUUAAGUCGAUCAGUUAAAGAUUUGGGCCGCCGUGGCAUGAUUUUCAGAAACAACCUUGACACUGAUAUUGCUGCAAUUGGUUAUCAUGUCGAAUCUGGUCUUGGAGUAUUUGAUGCAUUUGUUGCAAGUUUUUCGAUGAUUCUUGUCAGCGAGAUUGGAGAUGAAACUUUUAUAAUAGCAGCUCUGCUGGCAAUGCGGCAUCCCAAGUCAAUUGUUUUAUCGGGUGCUCUUAGUGCCCUGAUUGUUAUGACUGUGCUUUCUACUGGACUCGGUAGGAUUGUGCCAAAUUUGAUAUCAAGGAAGCAUACCAAUAGAGCAGCUACAGUUCUUUAUGCAUUUUUUGGGAUGCGGUUACUUUACAUAGCUUGGAGAUCAGAUCCAAAAUCAAGUCAGAAAAAGGAAAUGGAAGAAGUGGAAGAGAAACUUGAGGGUGGGCAAGGGAAAUCAACCUUCCGCCGCUUCUUUACAAGAUUUUGUACACCAAUCUUUUUGGAGUCAUUCAUUUUGACGUUUUUAGCCGAGUGGGGAGAUCGGAGCCAGAUAGCAACAAUUGCUUUGGCGACACACAAAAACGCCGUUGGAGUUGCAAUCGGCGCCACGAUCGGACACACAAUCUGUACAUCAUUGGCAGUGGUGGGAGGAAGCAUGCUAGCAUCAAAGAUCUCUCAGCGCACCGUUGCCACAAUUGGAGGCUUGCUCUUCCUUGGCUUUUCCCUGUCUUCAUACUUCUAUCCUCCCCUUGGAGAAUGACCAAUUCUUGUAGGCUAACCUGAUUCUUAUCAAACAAAUGAUUCUCAAGUCCAGACUUUCCAUGCCCAUUUGAUCAAAACUGGAUCUUUCCAAACUUUGCAAGUGGGUACUUAUCUUUUGGGUCUCUAUGUAAAGUUUCAGAAUUUAGUGUAUGUGCAAAAGGUGUUUAAGGAAAUGCCUGAGAGAGAUGUUCGUGUUUGGACGAUUCUUUUGUCAGGGUUCUCGCGUGGUGGAUGUGGUAAUAGGGUUUUGGAUUUGUUUAGAGAGAUGCAAGCAGAGGGUGUUUGCGCGAAUAAAUUUACGUUGUCUUGUGUUUUGAAGUGUUGUUCUAGUUUGUGUGAGGUAAGGUUAGGGAAGGAGGUCCAUGGAUGGAUUUUGAGAAAUGGGGUUGAUUUGGAUGUUGUGUUGGAGAAUUCUGUGCUUGAUUUGUAUGUGAAAUGUCAGGCGUUUGAGUAUGCAAUAAGAUUGUUUGAACGGGUGGAAGAUAAGGAUAGUGUGUCAUGGAAUAUAAUGAUUGGUGCAUAUUUGCAUAUUGGAGAUGUGGAAAGGUCUGUUGAUUUGUUUGAAAGGUCGCCUGAAAAAGAUGUUGCCAGUUGGAAUACGAUCAUAGAUGGGUUAAUGAAGAAAGGGUUCGAAAGGACUGCAGUUGAGCUUCUGGGUAGGAUGAUUAGUAGUGGACUGUCCUUCAACAAAGUAACUUUUUCAAUUGCUUUGAAUUUGGUUUCUGCUUUAUGUAAUGUAGAACUGGGAAGACAGAUUCAUAGCCGUGUUCUAACAUUUGGUGUUCAAGAUGAUGGAUUUAUAAGGAAUUCACUCAUUGAUUUGUAUUGCAAAUGUGGGGAGAUGGAGAAAGCAUCUUUUGUUUUUGGAAAAAGGUAUCCAGAGUCAGCAAGAAUACAAAAUUCCAAGACUUCCUGUGAGGCAGAAGUAGUUUCAUGGAGCUCAAUAGUUUCUGGGUAUGUUCAUAAUGGUGAAUAUGAAAAUGCGUUCAAAAUAUUUGUUUCUAUGGUUCGUGAACACGUUAAAGUUGACAAAUUCACCCUCACAAGUAUUGUUUCUGCUUGUGCUAAUGCUGGGAUUUUGGAGCUUGGUCGACAGAUCCAUGCCCAUAUUAAGAAAGCCGGACACAAAAUUGAUGCUCAUUUGAGUUCCUCUUUAAUUGACAUGUAUGCUAAAUGUGGAAGCUUAGCUGAAGCUUGGGUGCUUUUUAAGCAAACUGAGAAUCCGAAUGUUGUUCAGUGGACAUCAAUGAUAUCUGGCUGUGCUUUUCAUGGACAGGGAAGGGAAGCUGUUCAGCUCUUCGAACACAUGAUCGAGGAGGGAAUAACGCCGAAUGAGGUUACUUUUGUUGGGGUUUUAACUGCUUGCAGCCAUUCUGGGCUGCUUGAAGAAGGAUGCAAAUACUUCGAGUUGAUGAAAGAAGUCUAUGGCAUAAAGCCUGGUCUUGAACAUUUCACUUGCAUGGUUGAUCUUUAUGGACGCGCUGGUCACUUGAUUGAGACAAAGGACUUCAUUUAUAAGAAUAAUCUCUCCCAUCUAUCUGCAGUUUGGAGGUCAUUUUUAUCUUCUUGUCGACUGCACAAAAACGUUGCAAUAGGGAAGUGGGUUUCAGUAAAAUUACUUCAACUUGAACCAUAUAAUGCAAGUCCUUACGUUUUAUUAUCGAACAGUUUUGCCAGUGAACAUAGAUGGGAAGAGGCAGAAAAUUUGAGGAGUUUGAUGCAACGGAGAAGGGUUAUGAAACACCCUGGUCAAUCUUGGAUCCAGCUAAAGAAUCAGGUCCAUUCUUUUGUCAUGGGAGAUAGGUCACAUCCACAAGAAACUGAAAUAUAUUCAUACUUGGAGAAGCUAAUUGGGAGAUUGAAGGAAAUCGGGUACUCGACCGAUGUAAAAAUGGUAAUGCAGGAUGUCGAAGAAGAACAACGGGAAAUGCUAGUUGGUUUCCACAGCGAAAAACUUGCAGUUGCAUAUGGCAUCAUUAGCACCCCAGCUGCAACACCAAUUCGAGUAAUGAAAAACCUGCGCGUUUGUGCUGACUGUCAUAACUUCCUCAAGUACACUUCUCAGCUCUUAGGUAGAGAAAUUAUCGUUAGAGACAUUCAUCGGUUUCAUCACUUCAAGUACGGUCGUUGCUCGUGUGGAGAUUACUGGUGAUGAAACAAGAUUCUGUCAUGUGCCUGGAUUGCGUUUAAUCGCUUUUCCAGGUUGUUGCAAUGCAGAGCAGAGUAAAAAUGGUGAUUGUAUAGUGUUCUAAUUCACAUCAAAUGGGGCAA